AUGGAAGCAAGCAAUGGUACACAAAUUUCAGACUUUCUUCUUCUGGGAUUUUCAGAGGGCCCAGAACUGCAGCCCCUCAUAUUUGGGCUUUUCCUCUCCAUGUACCUGAUCACUGUGUUUGGGAACCUACUUCUUGUCCUGGCUGUCGCCUCUGACUCCCACCUCCACACACCCAUGUACUUCUUCCUGGCCAACCUGUCCUUUGUAGACAUCUGUUUCACCUCCACCACCAUCCCCAAGAUGCUGUGGAACAUCCAGACUCAGGACAAUGUCAUUAACUAUGCAGGCUGCCUCAGCCAGAUGUAUUUUUUCCUACUCUAUGCACAGUUGGAUGUCUUUCUCCUGACUGUGAUGGCCUAUGACCGCUUCAUGGCCAUCUGUCAACCCCUGCACUACAUGGUCAUCAUGAAUCCCCAGCUCUGUGGACUGCUGGUUCUGGUGUCCUGGGUCAUCAGUGUUCUCAAUUCUUUGUUACAGAGCUUAAUGGUUUUGCGGCUGACUUUUUGUACUGUCUUGGAAAUCCCCCAUUUUUUCUGCGAACUCAACCAGGUAGUUGGCCGUGCCUGUUCUGACACCUUCCUUAAUGACCUGGUGAUAUACUUUAAUACUGUGCUGCUGGCUGGUGCUCCCCUAGCUGGGAUUGUUUACUCUUACUCUAAGAUAGUUUCCACCAUAUGUGGAAUAUCGUCAGCUCAGGGCAAAUAUAAAGCAUUUUCCACUUGUGCAUCUCACAUCUCAAUUGUCUCCUUAUUUUAUUCUACUGGCUUAGGAGUGUACCUUAGCUCUGCUGCUCCCCAGAGCCCCCACUCAAGUGCAGUAGCCUCAGUGAUGUACACAGUGGUGACACCCAUGCUGAACCCCUUCAUCUACAGCCUGAGGAACAAAGACAUAAAGUUGGCUCUGAAAAGAAUCAUUGGGGUUCCGGUGUAA